AUUAAAUUGGCAAUCCUUUAAUGAAAACAGUUUGACGGGCAGCGUGGUUAAUGACAAGUUUUUUGACACAUCUACUAUUUUGGUUUUUACAUACUAAUUGUCAAAGGACGCGGGUUUAUUGUUCUCUGGAAAGAACAUUUAUUGAAAAAAUUAAAACUUUUUAAGAUACUCUUAAAUUUCCAUCUGCACUAAGAAAUUUAGAAUUUUCAAUACAAAUUGUACUUCGUUUAAGAUGUUUCCCAACACUAUUUCCCCUCAAAAGCGUAAGCAUCCGAGUGAAUACCAUGAUCCGGAUUAUAUACGUUUGCAUUCAAGUCCAUAUAAAAAGUCGCGCGAUGGUGAUUCUAAUAUAAUUCAAAUAAGUAAAUUUUUAACACCUACUAGUUCUACGUUAAAAUGUAUUUAUGAAAUAAUUUCAAGUGAGUUUCAAAAAGAAAUAUCUCUAAAACAAGAACAUUUAGCUGCAAUCGAGAAACGUUUGGACCAAGCUCGCAUUUUCCUGGAUCGUUUGCGGCAUGUUAUAGUAUUGGAUUAUUACCAGAAACAAGAAUUAUCAAUAUCAACAGGUGAUGCCCUAGAAAUUCGUGGAAAAGAAUCUCUUUUUGACAAAGAGGAUCAUGGUUUUCAAAUGGCACUGCACCCAUCUUUAAAAAAAAGAAAAGAAAAGGCCCCUACCAAAAUGUAUGAUAUUACACAACGCCCUCUACCUGAACGUGUAGCGGCUCAAAAUGCAUUGAACACCAUAAGAUCCCGAUCUCAAUCGCAAAAACGACAAGAAAGACGUUUGCAACAAUUAAUAAAGAAUCAGGGUUUAGUGAUAGAUCAUUCGAAAGAAAAAGAAAUAGAAAUGGUGGAAGCAGUUAGUACAGUUGAUCAAACGAAAUCUCAAGAUACCCACCUAACAAAUCAACAAUUAUCUGCAAUCGGAAAGAACGCCAGUUUUAUUCCAUCAAAAACUGGAAAAUCCUUGAAUUCAACUCGUUUUAAUAAUAAAACAAAACAUUUUGUUGUUAUAGGAAAUACUUCAACGUAUAUAGGAGGAGAAGUAGAUGCUAGAUCGGAACUUAAAAUAACAGUCGGAAAUAUUUUAACCCAUAAAUGGCUAGUUUAUGUGCAAUCAAAAGAUCCUAAAAUCAACUUGGAAUCUUUUAUAAAAAAAGUUCGUUUUCAUCUACAUACCUCAUAUCGCCCAAAUGACAUAGUAGACAUUGGAACGGCGCCUUUCCAAAUAGCCCGCAGAGGUUGGGGCGAGUUUCCAAUGAGAAUUCAGCUCUUCUUUCAUGAAUAUCUACAACAAAAGCCUGUACAACUUAUACAUAACGUGGUGCUUGAUCGUACGUUAAGUGGAAUGCACACCCUUGGUUCAGAGACUUUAAUGGAAAUUUGGCUUCGUUCUGAUAUUGUAUUUACGAAAGCAAAACAUGAGUCGCCCUUUAAUGUAAAAAGCAACGUCUUUGAAAAUAUAAAACCAACUACAAUUGAAAAUAUUAUUGAAACAGCCGAAAGAGGUCGUAUAAAUAACACAACGAAACAUCGUAAAAUAUCUUUCAAACAUAACAAAGAAGAUUUAGACGAGAGUUUAUUCGGGUUUUUUAACAAAAUCGAUGCAGCAUCUGCUAAUAUUUCAAAGAUAGAGCCAUCAGUGGUCGUAAACGAGCCACUUGCAAAUAUUUCAAGUAAUAGUCCGAUUAAAAUAAUCUGCAAGGGCCCUCAAAAGUCAGUAGCUUCAUCAAACAAUGAAAUGAAUUGCCCCGCUCUAAGCAAAGAUAAGAUGGUACGCGGGAAUAGUUGUUCGCUUUCGUUACUGAACAGUAAAAGGACUAGUGGUAAAAAUUUUCUUACAAAUAGUGUUAUUGUUAGUCAAUCCUCUACUUCAAAUAUUAGUAAUACUCAAAGUGAUAUAUCAAAUCUUAGAUACACAAAAGUUGUCGACAUAAAAUCGACAAAUACAAAUUCUGACAUAAGUAAAGAAAUUGCUACUAUUAUAAAAAGUAGAAAAUCAAUGCAGCUCACAACUCCUAUGAUAAUGAGGCUUCAAACUACAACUGCGGCCAAUACCCAUCAAGUUUCAAAUAUUAACAAAAACAAUAAUAAUAUUAUUGCAAUAAGUAAAGUAGGAAAGCUUAUGCCACUAAAAUUUACAAACAUGAAUAAAAUCGGCGCAUCGGAUAGUAAUUCUAGUUUCGCAAACAUGUCUGUGAAGAACGCAGGUAAAAAAACUGUGUUGCAAAAGAAACUGGUUCAGUUGGUGGAUGCUGAGGGCAAAAUAAAAUGUAUGCGAGUACUAGUGGCUCCUACGCAAAAACCAGUGGGUGACAAGAAAAUCGGAAGCUUAGGAAAUGGAACUGCUGACUCGUCUCAAAAUGUGUACAGAGCAUUAUCUGUAGCAGCAAAGAAAAAAACAUUUUUCGAAUCCUCUGCAAUGGCGAUAGAAAAUCAUGCCUCGAAACUAUUUACCGUUUCAAAUGAUGUUAAUCGUACAAAUUUAUUGGUCACAAAUAAUAAUGGCGAAUUUCAUGCAACAAACAACAUAUACAAUGCGAAAAGUAAUAAAAAUACUGUAAGCUCUCCCAAGCAGAUGGUUUUUCAAAAGGAGGGUAAAUUAUUCAUUAUUGACCCCUUACAAAUGAAAUUGAAGCAGGAACGAAAGAAACAAGUUUCCCUGUUGAAACCACAAACCAAUUUACAGAGACAGCAUCAACAGCAGACACCAAGCCAAAAAGUAAAAUCUAAAGCUCUACAAAGUAUGAUAUGCGAUCACGAUUAUACACACUCUUCGGUAAAAGUUAAUAAAGGCAACACCACUUUAAACAAUCUAGAAAUUAUAUCGGGAUCAAUUAAGUCACAUGUACCAGAACUUCAUUUGGGUAUAAGGCAAACACGUGCCAAAGCAAGUAGUGCGUUUGAGCUUCUGCAGCAGUGUAGAAAUAAAUUCGAACAAGACUUUUUGAAUCAAAAUAUUAAUUCAAUGCGUUCCGCUAUAGAUUACAUAUUACGACAUUUGCCUCUUAUUGCACCCAAAAAUACCUUAGCAGCUGCUUUCUCUUUCGUAAGCAAUAGCGAAAAAGAAUUCCACUCAAUGCCCGUUUUAAAACAACGCGCCUGCGAAUGGUUGCGCGCUAAAUACAUUACACGCUUUGUUCGUAACCACAAAUAUUUAAAAGAACUUUAUUAUGAUAAAGGACGGGUUUGGAGCACACGUGAGGUACUAGUAUAUGCUCGUUAUCAUGCAUUCACGCCAAAGAUGAAGUCAAUUGACAUAAUGUCCGGGCAGCUUAUUGGACCAAACAAAUUUCAUACCGACAAUCUUUCGAAGGAACGUGAUUUUUCGCAGUUUGUCAAAAGCGAAGUUAAAUCCGAGCAGAACUAUAUACAAUAUGAAUCAAUAACUCCAAAACAUCGUAUCAAACCUUGGAUCGAUUGUGGAUGGCAAAAAUUUAUUGACCAAGAAAGUGGUGUAGAAUUCUCCGAGGAGCCAAUUGAUGUCGUUAGCUUACCGAAGUCAAAGAAUCGUAACAGAUUUAAUAUAGAAUAUCUACGAUCAAAUCAACAACAUAGUUGUGAACAAGAACAGCAGUUUUAUUUAGCAAUCCCGGAUCAUCUCCAAAAGUCGUCUCAACUUGUAAGCGAUAUUUGCCGAGAUUUUAAUAUACAACUGCAACCGGAACAAGUUGAAGGAGAUGUAAUAUAUCCUUUAGCGCAAGCAGUGUUGUCCCAGUGCUUAAACACAUUUAUUGAAAAAAUUAUAAGGGGUGCAGUAGCCUCAAAACAAAACCAACCAGCUACUAAAAGUUUGAAUGUUACAACGCGAGAUAUUGGGAAAGUUUUGGUUCGGCACGCUGAGUUUGAUUUUCUAACAAACAAAUAUUUUGGAACUUAUGAACACGAUAGUCGCUAAACUAAGCGAACUUGCUUUAAUAUAAAUAUUAUUUUCUUUUGGGAUAUUUUGUAUACUUAUAGUAUUUGAAAGUUUUUUAAAUUGCCCAUUUAUUAGAACCAAGGAAUUAUUUGUCUAUAAAUAUAUACUCAUGCUGUAAUGCUUCAUCAGUUAAGUUUUAUUUUAAGUGUUUUAAUAAACUGUUACGUAUACUUGUAAUAAUAAUAAUUUAUGUUUAGAUUUUGCAGAUUUUUGUGAGAUAUAAUUUUUAUACUCUUGCAACAUGUUGCUACAGAGUUUAAUACCAUAGUUCUGUUUACCUAACGGUUGUAUGCAUCACCUUAAACUAGAUCGUAAAAUAUAAAGAAGGUACAAAUCGAAUUUUGUAUGAUGAUCGAUUGAACGGCUAAGAGGACCAUUUUUUUAACGCUACUAUUUAGCAGAUAUGUAAAAAACCCUGCGUUACUUGCGUUUACAAUAUCUAAUAGGCAAAGGAUAACAAUAAAGGAGUUAAGCUCAAUGUGAUUACGAGCAUUUACGUUCAAACCCUGAAACUCAUAUAUAUUUUCCUUUUUUAAUAUCAUAUUUACUGACAUAAUUAAAAUAUUUCAGGGAAAUAUGUUCAUAUAUUUAGUAAAUGUUCACUUAUUAAUGCGAAUGUACACAAAUAUGUGCAAUCACACAUACAUUCAUAAAUACACGUACGCGAAUGCUUACUUCUUGUCUCGCGCAAGCAAUGUUUCUAACUUUUAUGCUAGAACAGUUGAAACGAAAUCAAUUUUAUAUGGAAAUUUAAAAUUUGUAUAUUUAUAUUCAGGGGUUUUGUAGAAUCAGAUAGUUGUCGGAAUCAGAUAUUAUUGAUUUGACGUUCGAAACAGAAAUUCCAUAGGUUUUUGGAUGCCUCGGAAAUUAAUUUUUAUCGGCUUUCUUAUUGGAAACAAAGCAGAAACAAGCCAGUCGCUGACAGAUUUGAAAUGUAUGUAAUUAAUUUAUAUUAUUGUUACGAUUUAAUUUAUCAUUAUUUCUAUAGGGGAAAACAUAAGAAUAAAACACAAAAUGUCAUAAUUAUUAAGUUCAUGGAAAAAAUUCAGAUAUUUUAAGAAGAUUUAAAAAACGAAAUUUAACAUCUAAAUGCGAUUUUAGUUGACUUUAUUCAUUAAUUUGAAUUUAUCAAACGAUUUCAAAUUAAUUCACUUGCAAGUUUCGUCACAUUAGUAAACAGCUUAUUCGAAUAUUGGUUUUGCGUAUGUUCGAAGAUUCAUCAUAGAAAAUCAGAAUUAGUUUGCUGACAACUACGCAAAUCGGUUUGGAUUCCAUAGCACCCCUGAUUAUUAUGUAAAUAUUAUUAUAUUAAGUAAAUAACCCCUUAAUGUUUAAAUAUGUAUUUCCCCGUAUAAAUCAAAUACUAUCAUUAAUAGUAAAGCAUCGGAUGACACGCCUGGGGGCAUGCCAUGUCAGUAACGGCGAGUUUGGACGGAGCAACAUUGUGUUGCUGCUAAAAAAAAUUGAGUUCUGACAAAACGUUAAAAAAAUUACAACUUUUCCGACAAACAUACAUACAUACGAGCUCGCAUACAUACUGACGCCGAACUUUACGCACCGUAGCGGAGUUGACAAAAUUUGUUUGAAUCGACAAUUUUGCGACAAUGUCGGUCAGCUAUGUUGUCACGCAAUUACUUUGCUAACGAAAAAUGACCUAUGCUCUUUUUGAAGUGAUUACCGAUUUGCCUGCAUUUUCAUAGCGUAGUAU